GCUGAACCAGACGGAGGAAGAGAGAGAGCGGCAGGACGGAGAGAGAACGACGACAGGAACCAAACAGAGACAAACUAAACUGUUCCUCUGUCUGUCCGUGUCUGUCUCUGUUUGAAGACAUGUCCUCCCGGCCUGAGAGUAAGACAGCCUCUCAGUUGGUGUCUCUGACCAUGAGGCUGAAGGAUAAACUCCAAACUCAGAAAAUCAAACGCUCCGAACGAAUCAAACUCACCCCGUCACAGAGAGUUAAACCAGCUGAUCUGAACCUGCAACAGCACCAGUCGGUCGGGGUGUUGGCGGACCGGCAGAGAGUCGUCCUCAGCUCUCUGCAGUACUUCAAAGCCCUGGUGGACAAACUGGGAGUGGACAGACCUGGAUCUGACAAACUAGCCCUGGACCGGUCCGUGGUGGGCCAGCUGCUGGGCGGGGCCUCCAGCAGAGUCCUGGAGGCGGUCCUGACACUGGUCCAGCUGGAGCCACACCUGCACAAUAGUAGGACCAUCUCCGCUUGUCUCUCCUGUCUCUACCGGUCUCUGGCUCAGCUGAUCCAUUGGACAGAUCAGGUGAUGCUUCAAGGCGUCCCCCAUCACCAGGAGGACAAGGAGUCCACAGGGAGCGUUACCACGGUGAUCAAAGCUGUGCUGGACAACGUCAAGGAACUGGUUCGAUUGGCUUCAGAGAGACAGGAAGGGUCCGCCCCCUUGUCUCCCAUCCAAUCACCUACCGAGGACCAGGACAUAUCAGACAUGACAUUGAGUCCUCCAGAGGACGAGGACAAGGAGGACGAGUGUGUGAGGGCGGAGUUGAAAGGGGAGGGGCCAACAGUUUUAGCUCCUCCGAAACCUCCUAAGCCCCUCCCAGAGUCCCUCCUCCAGGGACAGAGUCCUCCAGCUCUGCCUCCGAAAAAGCGUCAAUCAUAUUUAGGCCCUGCCUCCUGCAAGAUCGCUAUCGUGGAACCAAUGAGACGAGAAGUUGAAGGAGACAGCGAACUGGACGAGGAGACGGAGGACGAAGGCUUGAAGAGACUCUCGGCUUCGUCUACACACUUUGACGAUCCAGACUACGACUUCCUCCACAAGGACCUGUCCUCAUGUGAGACCCUUCCCCCUCUCCCCCCCACCCUCCCAGAGAAGAGACGACGCAGCCACACAGGAGGCCCAGUCUCCUUUGUCUUUGAGUCCACCCCUCCUGAUAAAACCUCCAGUCCCUCUGAUGAUGUUACUGGUCCAGAUGCGUCUGUCUCCUCCCCCCUGUCCCCCAGCAAGACCCCCCCUCCCCUCCCUGAGAAGAAACGACACAUCCACCAGUACCUCCAGUUCUGUUCGUCCUACAGUGACCAGUCUGCCGUCCUCUUCUACCAGCGUCCCUCUGUCUUCAGUCAGAGACUCACCAGCCGACAGAGAGACCUGGAGACAGCUCAGCAGUUAGAACACACACACCUGGACACAGACUCCGCCCCCUCACCUGACCGGCUUCCUGUCCCAGCUCUACCACAGAAGAAGAAGCAGCAGGACUCGGCCGACAAUCAGACAGAAGACAGUUCCCAGGAUCUCCAGCAGGAGGUCCAGUCUGUGAGGAGGAGCAGUCAGGAGGAGCAGGAGGAGGUGUUACUGACCGACCAGAGUGAGAUCCUCCACAGGAUUACAAUGAAGUCUGAGGAGGAGGACGGACCAGAUGUGAAAGCAGCGUCUCCUGAGAUCCUAUUGGUCUACGCUACAACGCACAGCAGCACUGACCCGGACCUGUACUGUGAAGCCUUCCUCUGCACCUACAGAAGCUUCAUGAGUCCAGACGACGUGGUCAGAAAACUACAGCACAGGUAUCGACGCCUUUCUGAGGGACAGGGUCCAGAUUCAUCUGCCGCCACCAAAGCCUUCAACCUACUGCUCAGAGUCGUCGACCAACUGUGUACCACAGAGCUGGACUCUGAUUUGCUGCUGCUGCUAAUGGAGCUGGUGUCCAGCCUUCUGAUUGGUGGAAAGCUGGACUCCGCCCACCGGCUUCACUCCAACAUCCUGUCUAAGAUGGAGAAGAAGUGGCAGCUGAUUGGCUCUCCCCACUCUCUCCGCCCCCUCGCUUCCAAGGGCGUGGCUGCCAGACCAGGAACUCUGCUGGACUUCAGGAGUCAGGACCUGGCUGAACAGCUGACUCUGCUGGACUCAGCUCUGUUCUACAAGAUAGAGCUUCCAGAGGUGUUGCUGUGGUCCAAGGAGCAGAAUGAGGAGAGGAGUCCUAACCUGACAGAGUUCACUCAGCACUUCAACAACAUGUCUUUCUGGGUUCGAUCCGUCAUCAUCCUCCAGGACAAAGCUCAGGACCGAGAGAAGCUGCUGCUCAAGUUCCUGAAGAUCAUGAAGCACCUGAGGAAGCUGAACAAUUUCAACUCGUACCUGUCCAUCCUGUCAGCACUAGACUCCGCCCCCCUGAGACGUCUGGACUGGCAGAAAAGCACCUCAGACGCUCUGGAGGAGUUCAGCUCUUUGAUUGACAGCUCGUCUUCUUUCAGAGCCUACAGGGCAGCUCUGGCUGAAGUGGAACCCCCCUGUAUACCCUACCUGGGUUUGAUCCUUCAGGACUUGACCUUUGUCCACCUGGGAAAUCCUGAUGCCUUGAUGACAUCACAAGGGUCAAAGGUGAACUUUUCCAAGCGCUGGCAGCAGUUCAACAUCCUGGAAACUCUGAGGAGCUACCAGCAAGUGCCGUACCUCCUGCAGCAGGAUGAUGACAUCAUGUCCUUCUUUAAUGACUUCAGUGAUCACGUGUCGGAGGAGGCGCUCUGGGAACUGUCCCUCAGGAUCCGACCAAAGAACGUCCCCCGAGUGAAUCAGAGAUGACCCAAGGCUAACCUGAUGCUAAGCUGAUGCUAACCUUGACUCUAAAAUAACUGGACUAUAUUUAUACAACAUGAGUUAGCCUUAAGCUAGCCAGAGCAGUGUUAGUGCAGUGGGCGUGGCCUCUUCCUUUUCUUUCUUUUCUGGUUGUUUAGCCUGAAAUUAGCAUCUCUUCAUGCUAGCACGAUUCAGAGGACGUCCCCCUGUCCUCAUGUCUUAUCACCCACUGGUCCAGACCAACUGAAACGUCCAAUCAGACGUCAGACUACGUUUUAAACUGACAACACGGAAAAUAAACAUCGACUGGACCACGA